UGCAAACAUAAUAUUUCCAAAUCAGAUGACAUUCAUUAGCAAUAUUUGAGAGUAUCAAAUUAUAGUGCUCAGAGCAAUGUUUGUUGUUCCGUCAGUUUUAUUGCUGAUUAACCUGUAUGUUGUGUAUGUGCAAGCUGUGCCAACAUUGCAGCGUAGUGAACUCUUCGAAUUAUCUGUGAUUCAUUUCAACGAUUUUCAUGCACGAUAUGAACAAACCAAUGAUGAAGGUGGAGGAUGCAGAAAUACUGAUGAAUGCAUUGGAGGUUUCUCAAGGCUUUAUAAUCAAAUAAAAUCAAUGCGUGAGAAAAAUCCUAAAUCAAUUUUACUCAAUGCUGGUGAUACAUUCCAGGGAACUCUUUGGUAUACAGUAGGAAAAUGGAAUGUUACUCAGGAAUUCAUGAAUAAACUUGAUAUUGAUGCAGAGGUUUUGGGUAACCAUGAUUUCGACGAUGGCAUCCAGGGAGUAGUGCCUUACAUCAAAGCUCUCAACUAUCCUGUCGUGAUCUCUAACAUCGACGAUAGCUCAGAACCGGAGAUACAGGGGACUUACAAAAAAAGCAUCAUCAUCGAAAGGAAUGGAAAAAAAAUUGGAAUUAUUGGAGUCACCACAGUAACUUGUAAAGAUUUAUCAGACACAGGCAAACUCGCCUUUCUACCUGAGUCAUCCAGUGUCAAUCAAGAAGCUGAACGACUUGUUAAAGAGGAAGGAGUUUUCACAAAUAUCGUGCUAUCCCAUGCAGGAUAUGAUGUUGAUAAAAUAAUAGCGAGAAACGCUUCUGAAAAAAUCAGUCUCAUCGUGGGAGGUCAUUCACAUACAUUUCUGUAUACUGGAGAUAAUCCUCCAGGCCCUGCUGAAGUGCAAGGUCCAUAUCCAACAAUUAUUGUUCCGAACAAACUAGGCCACGAAGUAUUAGUCGUACAAGCAUCUGCUUUCUGUAGAUAUUUGGGAAACAUCACCUUAUUGCUCGACGAGAACGGUGAAAUUGUGGAUUAUUCCGGAGAACCAAUAUUCUUGGGCAAGAACCUACCCCAAGAUGAACAAAUCAACGAAGAGCUACUUCCGUGGAAAAAGUUAGUCGACGAGAAAGGUGAUGGUAUUGUAGGGUCCAGCUUGGUUGAGCUCAGUGCCGUAGGGUGCUAUGUCAAGGAAUGUACUUUGGGAAACUUCAUUGCUGAUGCUUACGUUUAUGCAUUCACAAAUUCCUCAACCCCUGAAUCUUGGAGUGAAGUUGCCCUUGCUGUCGUGAAUGCUGGUGGAUUACGAUCCAGUUUGGGACAAGGAAAUAUAUCGUACAGUGAUUUGGUGAUUUCUCAACCAUUUGGAAAUACUAUCGAUGUCGGAGAAAUUGAAGGGAAAUAUGUGAAGGAAAUGUUCGAGCAAAGCAUAGAAAUCAACGAUCUCAUCCAAGUUUCUGGUUUCAAAGUCACCUAUGAUCUAUCACAGUCAGUCAACAACAGAGUAUCGUCCAUCCAGGUUCGUUGCCAAAACUGCACAAUUCCAAGAUAUGAAGACAUCGACUGGAACAAAUUCUACAAAAUUGCCAUGUGUUCAUAUUUGAGAAGCGGUGGUGGAGGAUUUUCUAUGAUCAGUAAACAUUUGAAGAAAAUCAGAGUCGGGUCUCUUGAUCUAGAUAUCUUCAUGGAUUAUCUAGCACACCGCUCACCAGUAUUUGAAGAAGAAGAAGGGAGAAUCGUGAUGCAUGGUGCGAAAAAUACAGUAACUCAUCAAUAACUUCAUUUCUGGACACAACCGAUGUAUUUGGCUAAAUAAAUUCACUAAUCAGAGAUAUUACAUGA